CAGCGGAAACAGCGCAGCCGCAGAAGGCAGCAAACAUGGCGUCCACGGCGGCGACCCGAACGGCGGCUGCUACCGCAAAAGUCGUUAAACCGAUUCUUAGCCGGGACUUGGAUGAAGCGAAGCGCAGGGUUCGGGAGCUGUACCGGGCCUGGUACCGCGAGAUCCCCAACACGGUGACCUCGUUCCAGCUGGACAUAUCGAUACGUCAGGGGAGAGACAAAGUGAGGGAGAUGUUUGACAAAAACAAGCACAUCACCGACCCUCGUGUCAUCGAUAUUUUAGUCAUCAAGGGCAAAAUGGACCUCCAGGAAACAAUCCACAUCUGGAAGCAGAGGACCCACAUAAUGCGAUACUUCCACCUGACCGAGGAGCCUCGUCCCACCGACUUCUUGUCCAAAUUCUACCAAGGCCAGGACCCAUAAACUGUGUGGCCGACCUCUGACCCCCGUUUGCUCGUUCCCAGUGUGACAGAUGUUGCUCUUUAUUGUAAAUACACGCUUAACACUCAAA